GGGCCUGCGCGGGGGCGGGGCCGAGAACCGGCUGCAGCUUGGAGCUUCCGGGUCCUGCGCGGGCUCCCGGCGCCUCAGGAGCUGCCCUGUCCAGACCAUGGACCCCGAAGUGUCCGUGCUGCUGCAGUGCCCGCCGGGGGGGCUGCCAGAGGAGCAGGUGCGGGCUGAGCUGAGCCCAGACCAUGACCGGCGCCCACUGCCAGGAGGGGACGAGGCCAUCGCCGCCAUCUGGGAGAGCCGCCUGCAGGCUCAGCCCUGGCUCUUUGACGCCCCCAAGUUCCGCCUGCAUUCAGCCACCUUGGCUCCCACUGGCUCACAGGGGCCACGGCUGCUCCUGCGCCUGGGCCUCACUUCCUACCGGGACUUCCUGGGCACUAACUGGGCCAGCUCAGCUGCCUGGCUGCGACAGCAGGGGGCCACUGACUGGGGUGACAAACAAGCCUACCUGGCGGAUCCGCUGGGGGUUGGUGCCACACUGGCCACUGCAGAUAACUUCCUGGUCUUCCUGCGUCGGUCUCGGCAAGUGGCCGAGGCACCUGGGCUGGUGGAUGUGCCUGGUGGGCACCCUGAGCCUCAGGCCGUGUGCCCUGGUGACAGCCCCCUGCACAAGGACCUCCCUGGGGAGCUGGUAGUGCAUGAGCUCUUCUCCAGUGUCCUCCAAGAGAUCUGCGAUGAGGUGAACGUGCCACUGCCCACCCUGAGCCAGCCGCUGCUGUUGGGCAUUGCCUGCAAUGAGACCAGUGCCGGCCGUGCCAGUGCCGAGUUCUAUGUCCAGUGCAGCCUGACUUCUGAGCAGGUAAAGAAGUUCUACACCAGUGGGGGAGCUGAGGCCCACGAGUCGACGGGAAUCAUCUUUGUGGAGAUACAGAGAGUGCAGAGGUUGCAGGAGACCAAACUGUGGGCUGAGCUCUGCCCCUCGGCCAAAGGCGCUAUCUUCCUCUACAACCAAGUCCAGGGAAGUCCCGCCUGAGUCAUCCUAGGGCCCCCAACCCUAGCACAACCUGGAAGACAAUAAAGGACUUUAUUCUUGGA